UCCUUCGAUAAAUCCGAAACAAGAAAAUAAUAUGGAAGAGGAUUCAGCAAUAAAUAGCAGUGUGAAGCCGAAGUGAGAGACAGAGAGAGAAAAGUUGCAGUUCUCUGUUCCCUCUUCUUCUUCUUCUUCUUCUCGGCACAGUACCAAUAGUAAUAGUACUCGUAUAUCACACUAAACUUAAAAACCCUUUUAACAUCAGCAGAAGAAUCACCACUACUCCUGAAAGAUUAGAAAAUAGCGUUGGAUUAGAGAGGAGAAGAAGAAGAAGAAGAUGGGAAUAUUACAGGAUGAUGUGGUGAUUAUAAGGCAGCCAGACAAAGAAGGUGGCCCGACCGUCAUAACCGUGAAUUGCCCUGACAAGACUGGUCUUGGUUGUGAUUUGUGCCGCAUCAUUCUCUUCUUUGGUCUUAGCAUUGUGCGAGGAGAUGUUUCAACGGAUGGGAAAUGGUGCUACAUAGUGUUGUGGGUGGUGGGGAGAGAGAAGACAAGGUGGAGUUUGUUGAAGAAGAGGCUAAUUGGGGCAUGCCCUUCUUUCUCCUAUGCCUUUGGAAUCUAUUAUUACCGCUCUGAGUUGCAGCAACCACCGAAGCCCCCUGAUGUCUUCCUCUUGAAGUUUUGUUGCCAUGAUCGUAGAGGCCUUUUGCAUGAUGUUACAGAGGUUCUUUCACUUCUUUGUGAGCUAGAGUUAACCAUAAAGAAGGUGAAGGUAUCUACUACACCUGACGGCAAAGUGAUGGAUCUGUUUUUCAUCACCGACACAAGGGAACUUCUGCAUACACCAAAAAGAAGGGACGACACGAUUCAACAGUUGACAGAUACUUUGAAGGAUGCGUUAAUUUCAAUUGAAAUUGAAUUGGUUGGUCCAGAAAUUGCUGCUUGCUCUCAAGCAUCCUCAUUUCUUCCAACUGCCAUCACAGAAGAUAUAUUCAAUUUGGAAUUGCCCGAUCCUGGUCGAGGUGGGGUUUUCACAUCAGAUUCUAUCUCCAUUGUUAUGGACAAUUUGCUGAGUCCUUCCCACACACUUGUCCAAAUUAUGUGCCAAGAUCACAAAGGUCUUCUUUAUGACAUCAUGAGAACUCUGAAGGACUAUAAUAUUCAGAUUUCUUAUGGACGCUUCAUGACAAAACCUAGAGGAAAAUGUGAGCUUGACUUGUUCAUCAUGCAAGCAGAUGGCAAAAAGAUAGUCGACUCGAGCAAGCAGAAGUCUUUGUCUGCUCGCCUUAGGACCGAGCUACUCCGUCCUCUCAAAGUCACUGUUGUGAGCAGGGGCCCUGAUACGGAGCUACUGGUCGCAAACCCCGUGGAGUUGUCCGACAAGGGACGGCCUCUUGUGUUUCAUGAUAUUACUCUUGCACUUAAAAUGCUAGGCAUAUGCAUCUUUUCGGCUGAAAUCGGAAGACAUGCGAUCGGAGACCGGGAAUGGGAAGUUUAUAGAAUCUUGCUGGAUGAAGGGGAGGGAUCGCCGCUUCCAAGGAACAAGAUUGAGAAAGGUGUAUGGAAUAUGUUGAUGGGCUGGGAGUGAUCCAUGGUUUAGGCAUUGUUCCCUUUUGAAUGGAUUGGUGCCCUCAUGGAGGAAUAUAGAACCAUUUGUGUGUACUCCCAUGUAGUGUGUGUGAGUGAGUUGUGUGAGUGUGUAAUACAUGGGUGUAUGAGUGUAAUGCCUAGGAUUGGGGGUUAUCUAAUCCACUUGACCAAAAAAAAAAA